AUGUUUUGUGUGAAGUUCCUCCAACUCUUGGCUUGCCCCUGCUCCAUGCUGAUAGUUUGCACCAGCUUGGCUGAAGAGGUGCUUGCUGGUUUGACGCGCGACCAAGUGCCCUACUUUUUGAAAAAAGGGAUAUUUGUUACCCAAAGUGAUUACCUCAACUCAUGUAUUAAAGCUGAGACAUCCAAGCUCAUCCUUGAAGACUGCCAUUGGUUUUCAAAAUACAUGUUGUGGACAUGGGAUUGUAAACAGCAACUUUUCAACAUAGGCAGGAGCACUUGUCUAGGACUCAACAUCAGCAACCAAAAGCAGCCAUUGCCCAUGUCUGAAUGCAAUUCAGCUCAACAUUCACUGUGGUGCAGCUGCCAUGGAAAAGGGUUGAUUGGUGCAUCACAGUACAAAUAAGCACUUGAGAGUGGCAAAUCUGUUGCGGCGAAAAGAAAUUCCAGUUAUGGAUGGAAACAGUUCAUGUCACACAAAGGGGAUCUUUGUGAACAUGCAUUCAAAGAGACUGACUGUGACUUUUUUGGAAGAAGAAUGCAGACACAGAUUUGUUACCAAUUCAAUCUUCUUUCUGUUAUCUCUUGGAAUGAGGCACAUGUUGCAUGUCAGGGACAAGGAACAGAUUUGCUAAGUAUCACAGAUAUGACAGAACAGAAGUAUAUUGGUAGUCUAAGUGAACAGCUGAAUACAAAAGGUCAACUGUGGACAGGCUUAAAUCAACUAGAUGGAGCUGCUGGCUGGCAAUGAUCUGAUGGAGCACCUUUGGCAUUUGUGCACUGGAGAUCAGAUCCACUUUCUCUUGGGCAACAUCAUUGUAAGUGUUUUAACUCAAAAAUACAGCAUGACUGGCAAAGUUACCCAUGUGAAUCUGGAUUACCAUAUGUAUGCAAAAAAUAUUUAAAUGCUACUGAACAUGAAGCAUUUGAUUCAUGGAAAUUUUAUCCUAUUCACUGUGACUGUAACUGGUAUCCAUAUAGUCAUUACUGCUAUAAAAUUUAUAAAGAAGAAAAAAACUGGAAUGAAGCUUUGCUUUCCUAUACACUCAUUAGCAUAACCUCUUUGGCUGAUACAGAGAUGCUCAUUAACCUCCUUGAAUAUGAAAAUGUGACAGAAACGUGGCUUGGACUGAGCAGUAAUAAGACCCCAAUUGACUUUGAAUGGUCUGAUGAAUCUUUGGUAACCUUCACUUACUGGCAUUAACAAGAGCCAAGCGUCCAUCAGAGAAAAAAACAACUUUGUGUUUCAGCUCAGCAACGUGAGGGGCGCUGGAAAGUUAAAAGUUGUACAGACAGAUUUUUUUAUAUUUGUAAAAGAUCAGGAAAAAUUGAAAAUAUUAAUUCAGAAGAAAAAUCAGGCUGCCCAGAGGGAUAGGAAAGGCACGGUGGAUAUUGUAACAGUGUUGACAAAACCUCUCAAAGCUUUGAACACUCAUCCAGUGGUUAUUACUGUCAUUCACUUGCAACAGUGAUGAACAGGGAUUGCUCUGCUCGAGUUGUUAUAUUGAGUUCCAUGUGCAUCUUGACAGUAUCGCCAAACAGUAGUUCUGUAACACUGUUUCAGGCAUCUGUCUUGAAUCCAGUGGAAAACAUGAUCAGAUCUGCAGGGAACAAGAGAGACAGCACAGGGAAAGGCAAGGGAAGACACAAGGGUCUGCUAUCUUUCUGGACCAAUUCUGAAAUCUGCGAAUUUCUGCUGCUUUUCCUGACGCUGGAUGUUUACCACAUCGGAUGGCAUCCUGGAGGGUGUGUUAUGCGACAGCAGGAACCAAUUGGUGUCUGGGAGGUGAAAAACUGUACAAGGUUCAAGGCUAUGUCACUUUGUAAGCAAAAAAGCAAAUUCCAUGGAGAAAAUUACCCUAAUGAAGAACCACAUUUUGAAAAGCCUUUUAAUUCAUCCAUGUUUGGAUGGGAAUCAGACCGCAAUCUGCUCAACUGCUACAAGGUAUUUCACAGUGAAAAAGUGUGAUGAAAAAGGUCAUGGGAUGAAGCAGAAACAUUGUGUCAAGAUUUUGGAGCACAUCUUGCCAGUUUUACACAUGCCUUUGAAGAGGAUUUCUUGGACAAACUUGUGAAGACAAUGUUUCACAUUGAUGAAGAAAGGCAUAGUUGGAUUGGACUUAACAAAAGAAACCCAGUAGCUGGAGGAUCCUGGGAAUGGUCUGAUAGAACUCCUGUUGCAUCUGCCUUUUUAGAAACCAUUUAUAUUGAAGAUAAUGUGAGGAACUGGGCUGCGCCACUACAUUGCAAUUCUGAGUGUGAAACCAAGGAUGCCACAGUGGUAUAUACACGAUGGACAGGUGGCUCACCUUUAUUGUGCCAGAACUGGGAGGAAGGUGAAAAGAGACCUACUGACUCUGAAAAAUGUGGUUUCGUUUCUUCCCAAAAAGAGUUUUGGGGCUUUGCAAGCUGUACCAUUCUCUUAACUUGUAUCUGCAAACGUAAAAAUAUAUGGACUAUUGAGAGAGAAAUACCAAAUCAGCAGAGUCAUCAAGGAGUAUGUCCCAAAGGAUGGCUUUACUUUGCAUUCAAGUGCUUUCUGGUGCAGAUUCCAAAAGACCAGCACCUGAAGAGCUGGCAUUCUGCCCAAGCAUUCUGCAAUCACUAUGAUGGAUCACUUGCUUCAAUUGAAAAUGAAGUUGAACAAGCUUUCAUAACAAUGAAUCUGUUUGGGCUUAAAUCAAAUGUCUGGAUCGGUCUGCAGAGUAAUGAUUAUGAAAAAUGGGUUAAUGGGCAAGAAGUGGAAUAUUCCAAUUGGUCUCCAGUAGAAGCAGCGCAGAAUCACCCUGAUUACAGUGCUGAUAUUCAAGAAAAAGCUCUGCUAUGUACUUCAAUAUUAAAUAAGCCUAGUUUCAGUUCAAUGGGAAAAUGGUCCCUAGAAAAUUGUGGAAGAAAUUAUGGGUUUGUCUGCCAGAAGGCUCAAGUUGGGGAUAGAAGAUGGAUUUACAUGAGGGCCACUUUGAAGAAAAACUGGAGGCUAAUGGGCCUGGGCCUUCCCUGUGCAACAAAGUAUAAACUAUUAUUAAGUCUCUUUGCCAUAGAUGCUGCUCUUCCCACGUAUAUCUUUUGCCUUUGUGUUGGUUCCUGCAAUGGAACUACAGGGGAUACAGAUUUUGCCAUGGGGCCUCCAGUUGCUGAUGUCUACCUUACAAUCAAGAGUAGAUUUAUAGGCUUCCUUUUUACCUGCAAGGAAAAUGGGGCUGAACUGGUCAGCAUUUCAGACCACUAUCUCCAAGCUUUCCUCACUGUAAUUAUAAAUCGAUUGGGCUGUGCACAUUGGAUUGGAUUCAGAUCCAGUGAUAAUGGCCUUAAUUUUGAGUGGUCUGAUGGUACGAAACCUUCAGUUACAUUCUGGAGAGAUGGGGAAUCGCAUAUCUCUGGAAACUGUGUUUGCAUUGAUACUAUUGGACACUGGAGAUGUACUGACUGUGAGAGACUUUUGAAUGGAGCAGUUUGCCAUAUUCCACCCAAAAGGAAACCAACUGAACAUAAGGGAUUGUGUGAUGAAAAAUCUAUUCCUUAGAUAAAAUUUGAAAGAAGUUGCUACAGCUUUUCCACAGUAUUCAAAAACUCAAACUUUGAUGAAGCAUUUGAAUUUUGCAAAAAGCAAGGUAAUCUGUUGAUAAUAGCACAGUGGAAAAAUUGA